AUGGCGGAGAGCGACAUACAUUACAAUUCAGUCAUCAUUGGGCUGGAGAGUUCAUCAGUGACUCGUUAUGGGAGUGAUCAGUGGUACUCUACGGUGUCUCUGGACCUUGUGGGAGACAUCAGAGAUACGCAGACGAAAGAGACCAUCACGAGUGGUGUGCGCUGGCCUGUGCGAGCAUGUUUGGAACCAACAGAACUGAAAGAAUGGUUGAAGACCUGCGAUGACUGCCAUACAGCACACGUUCUGGAAAGGACGACCAGCGAAGCUGACAUCCACGCCGAGUUCGAGAGGCUCCAGGCCAAGGGCCGGUUCCGCCUCAUCGAUGUCAAGGCCAACAAGGUCGUCUCGUUACGACGCACCCCUCGGUACUUUGCCCUUUCCUACAUUUGGGGACCGACGAUGGCUAGCUAUCAUGCCUCGAAUCUGCUCUCUGUCGACCUUUCUGACAGUCUUCCGCGAACAGUCCAUGAUGCAAUGCUUUUGGUCGAACGGCUGGGUGAACAGUACCUGUGGGUUGAUACACUUUGUAUCGACCAGAAUAAUCUCGACGAGAAACAUGACAUAGUCGCUCAUAUGGGUUCCAUCUAUCGCAACGCUUACGCAACGAUCGUGGCAGCUUCCGCCGAGGAUUCGAGCAUUGGUAUAUCGGCGUUAUACCCAAGCUCACGACGAGCUGAGGCUCCACAGAGGAUGAAGUCGCAGCACAACGCUUUCUCGUUGCUACCGUCGAGACCCCAAUUGGAAGGCUUGGUCGAAAGCUGCAAGUGGAGCUCGAGAGCCUGGACGUUCCAAGAACGACUCCUCUCGAAGCGAUGCAUUUUCUUCUUCGAAGACGAAGUGAUUAUGCAAUGUGCCAAUGGUGUUUUGAGGGAAGCCUACCAAAUCCAACAUACACACUCUUUGCUCUUCAGCGCGGCAAGCUUGUUCCACCUAUCGAUGAAUCUGACGCCAUUUGGAUGGACUCUGUACUGUAGUGCGGUCACUGACUACAGCCGGCGCAACAUGACCGUCGCUGGCGACAGAUUUGAUGCGUUCAGAGGCAUUUUCCAGCGCUUCUGCGCGAAGACGAAGAAUGAGGAACUCAACGGCAUGCUCUGCGCUCUUCCAUCAGACUGGUUUGGGACUGCUCUCCUCUGGACAGUGCCUGCAGGCCACCCGUUCCCGAAGCGCAACCUUCACGACGCCGCGGGAUCGACCAAGCUACCCAGCUGGAGUUGGGUGGGAUGGACAGGCCCCAUCGCUCAUGUUGGUGCUCAGAUGAACGAACCGCCGCACGUUAGUGUGAAGCUGUGGAGUUUGGAAAGUUUCGGCAGGCACAAUCUCGUUCUUCGCAGGAAGAGUGAUGAUGGUUUCGACAUCGAGAGCAUGCUCAGGGAGUCACAAGCUCGUGACAGUUCGACCUCGCCAAAGUGUGUGACUUUGCACAUCUUCGCUCCGACGAUCACCUGCUCCCUCGAGAGCUCGUCCUGGGACGGAUCGAAUACAGCCAACUUGCUCUGCAAGCACGAAUCUGGAGAGAAUAAGGAGAUUGGUGUGGUACAUGUCGACGAUCCCUUCUGGCUGGCCCAGCAAGAUGACAACAAGUCUUUCCAGGUGAUUUUGUUCAUUGACUCGGACUCAUACUUCAAGAAUCUUGUUCCUGCCAUACUCACAGAGAGAGGUGGGGAGUUUGCUGAGAGGGUGCCGGUUGCGGUGCAUAUUACUGCUUCUUUUGAGGUGCUGGCGAAGUGCUCGAAGGUCGAGCAUGUGCGGAUUCAAUGA